GCUGCAAACGGUUCGAAAUGCAGGCUCAAACGUUUAUCGGAACCAUUUUAUUCAGUUUAUAUUUUUGGGGAAGUACACCUGUUGAAGCGAGUAUUUCGCCCAGGCUACCGGAAAACUUACAGGAUUUUAAGUGCGAGGCCGAUGAUAUUGGAUUCGCCUUUAAUCUGACAGCGCUCUCUGGCUACUGGUACGAGGCUCUUCGAGUUCCCAAUAUCCAGGUGACGGAGUGCCUGAAUGUCUCGGUUCCCGCUGAAAUCGCAAACAACACUCUUAUACUGGAUUUGAGCUAUGUCAGCACCCUAGACAACAGUUGGAACCUGACCAAGGAAGUCGUGACCUUACCCUGGAGCAAUUCCACCCAGUACGGCAUCUUCAAUCUCGACACAGGUGUGGUUUCGUACAAACUGGUGACCACGGACUACGUUUCCAUCGCCGUGGUCUGCGGCUAUGGAAGCUCGUCAGUUAUCCCGAUCUUUAAGCUCUUCACUCGGGAUCGCGAAGUCAGCCAGGAGAUCUACGAAUUGAUCAACACACAAGCCGAGCAGUAUGGAUACGGAUCCCUGAUCAACUGGGAGAAGCAAUCCCUUGAAGAGUGCGGUGGUUCCAGUGGACAAGCACCUUUGGCAGCCCUAAUGGGUUUCGUCAGUUUUCUCUGUGGCGUGUCACUCUGGGCUGGAUUUUAUUGAUAUAUUAUU